GAGAUUGUGAGAGAGACAGAGUGAGAGAGAGGAAGAGAGAGAGAGAGAGAGAGAGAGAGAGAGAGAGAGAGAGAGAGAGAGAGAGAGAGAGAGAGAGAGAAUGAAACAGAUGGACAAUUUUUUGAUGGGUUUAAACGAAUCGUCAACACUGGGAGUCCGCAUGUAACGACGCGUUGAAGUUAUGGUUAUUAGGGACCAUAACGCGGCGUUUAAACGACCCAUGGAUCACCAACGCACGUCUGACCAGUGAAUGGGACUUUGAUCGACUCUGAAGUGAAGUAUGGUGUUGUUUCAGGCAGUUUCAGAUCCAGUAUGUCGGAAGGCGUGAAGGGACCAUGUCACGAUGGGGAGGAUACUGAAGCAGUCGUUCCACACCCACAUCCACCGCUGACCGAUGGGGGAGCACGAUGGGCCAACGGUCAGUGUGUGUUGGCGAUGCCCAGUCACUCCUUGCUGAAUCCCAGCUUUGACCUGACGCUCUGCCACACCCUGCUGAACCAGGACGGCUUCCAGAUUCCUGCUAGUGAUCUCAUUGGUCCCCUGAUGACGGCCCUGGACCCGCCCUCUGUCCGCCGAUACAUCGUCUUCAACUCCUCCCUCUUCAAUUUCUUCAUGGCUCCGAUCAUGUACAUGGUGACGUGGUGCGCCCUGUUCUCGACUGUCCACCGCUACAUGACUGUCACCGACUACUGGCUCCUCUGUCUCGGCAUCAGCCUCGUCGCCAUCCUCCUAACCAUCGUCAUCAUCUUCGUCCUUCACCGUGGCAACAAUGAGAUGACCGUGAACGUGGACGUGAGGCUGAUCCAGGUUAACGAGAGGCUGGUCAGACACAACCUGCUGGUGGGCGUGGCCGACUGGGUGCAGAACUGCUUUGGGACCCUACAGCUAAUCUUCAUAUACUGGGACAUGACGAGCUGUUUGAGGACUUUGACUCAGACCCUGGAGAAUAACUUAAUUGGUACUAACGAGUUCCAGGGAAGGCUCAGCAAGAGGCUGUCUCACCUGGUGCUGCAGGUCAAAGUGGACAAGGCUGACGCGGACGCUUCUGACCGUCCUACCGAGGUGCUGACUUCUGACGAAGAGCGGCCCCUGCUGGCGGAGGGGGACAAUGGCCGCAGUACCUUCACCAGCCAGCGGGAGGAGACGAAGCUAGCCAAAAGCUUCAACCUCAUCCCCGAGCCAGGCUUACCUGCUCAGGCUGCUGCCUACCAGCUGCUGGUGACCUACAGCGCCGCCUACGCCCGCCUCCUGGGCUCCAAGAGGCUGUCGGGCCCCGCCCAGCACCAGCCGAGACCCCGUCGCAACCACUGCUCCACCACUGCCCCCCACUGCCUCUGCCAGUACAUCAAGGCCAAGGUGCUCUGAUGGAGCCCUGCGACCACACCCGGCCCGCACCCCCCUGAGCCUCCACCCCCAGGCUCAAUCCCCACCCUCCACCCCCCCGAGCCUCCACCCUCCACACACACACUGGGGAUAUCGGCUCCCCCUCACGACUCUGUCCUUUCUUACGGACGUUUUAGCGAGACCUUUUUGAUAAAGAGAUAUGAUCAGUGAAUUCACAUGUCAUUCACAUGUCGUUAAGAAGUAGGUACAUGGGUGGGGGGGCAUCUGGCUUAAAGGACGCCUACAGGUUUGACCGCUGCUGUCAUAGCGAGGGGGGAUUUAAACCAAGUACCUUCAGCUGGGUGUCAAACACACCGUCCAGAGAAAAAACUACUCAUCGGGGUCGUGGUCUACCGACACCACCAAUAGGGCACGGAGCUCCAGACAGAUCUUCCAUCUUGGGAUCGGAUUCGCUCGUUCGCCCCCCCUGGGAGCUCUGGAGAGCGAGUGGCGCGGUGCGUUAGGGGGUCAAAGAUCUGGUGUUUGUGUCAAGGUGAAGGUCUUUCUAGGGUUGUGUGUGGGCAACACAAUGAUGCCAGAGCAUGGACGAUAAUCAAAACCUCUGCGUUUUAACACAAGUCGAGGCCAGCGGACACUUAGCGUCUUCGUUGUCAUAGGUACACACGCGACAAUCAGCGCCACGUAGACACUGCUCGGAAAUCUCAGACGAGUCGCACUGCAGUCUUUGUUGCCAUAGUGAUAAUAAUUAUUCCAAUCGCAUGUUCUCAUCAAGAUUCAUGUUUUUCGGUUCUGGAAGGUUUUUUGAAUGAAUAUGAAUGUUCUGUUUCUGAUGUUUCAAUAAAUAGAGAUCUCAGUUGGAUGAGAGAUCGUGUGCUUAGAGAAGAUGUGUGU